UCUGUCUGUGCAUUUUCGCUUUUUAGCGGAGAUGGCAAAGAAGAUAGACAGAAAUGAUCAUCAAACAACAAAAAAGAAAAUUAAAGGAAAAAGAUGCUUUCUUUGUUCCUUUCUCAGGCAGCAAAACCUCAAAGAUGCAGGCCAAGGCCGGCUCUUUCUACUCUACCAUCUCUUUCGCUUCUCUCUCUUUCUUCUCGCACUAUCGCCGAGUGUCUUCUUCUCCUUCUCCUUCUCCUUCUUGAUUCUCUUUCUUUCCUCCUACCCAUACAAGUCCACCAUUAUCACUCUCUUUUGAAGUCUGAGGACAGACUCACUGUCUCUGACCCACGAAGGCAUGGGCUGUGUUCAAGCAAAACCUUCAACGAAUUCACCACCCAGGGGGUUAGAGAAGCUAAAAUUGGAUAAUGGUUAUGUAGGGAAAGGUGGAUUCGUGGGGCCUAGGAGGUCCACUGGCCAGCGGCAUCCGGAUCGGUUUCACAGGCUCGAACCGCCGCAGAGGAGGAAUUCUAAUGCUGGGUUUGACAAUGGAAGUGGAGAAGAAGAGAGGGUGAUCGGCAGAGGAGGGAGGAAUAGUACUAUUGGUGCAACUGUUGAGAACAUUGCUGUGCAGAAUGGUGCAGAUGAGGUGUUUACUGGGUGGCCUAAAUGGCUGGUUGACAAUGUUCCUAAAGAGGUUUUGGCUGGUUUGGUUCCUAAAAGCGCGGACAAUUAUGUUAAACUUGACAAGGUAGGCCAGGGUACGUACAGCAAUGUGUAUAAAGCUCGGGAUAGAGACACAGGCAAAAUAGUUGCUCUGAAGAAGGUACGUUUUGACACAUCAGAACCUGAGAGUGUGAAGUUUAUGGCAAGAGAGAUAAUGAUGCUGCAAAAGUUGGAUCAUCCAAAUAUAGUAAAGCUUGAAGGAUUAGCCACAUCAAGAAUGCAAUAUAGUCUUUACCUCGUUUUCGAUUUAAUGCAAUCAGAUUUGGCAAGAGUUGUUGCCCGCCCUGAAGGACUUACCUUACCACAGAUAAAAUGCUAUAUGCAUCAACUACUAUCAGGUCUGCAGCAUUGCCAUGAGAGAGGUAUUUUACAUCGGGAUAUUAAAGGAUCGAAUCUGUUGAUAGAUAAAAAUGGGAUGCUGAAAAUUGCAGACUUUGGACUCGCAAAUUUCUAUUCUCCGAAUCAGAAGCGUGUUCUCACAAGUCGAGUUGUGACACUUUGGUAUAGAGCCCCUGAGCUCUUGCUAGGCUCUACAAAUUAUGGAGUUGGUAUUGAUCUCUGGAGUGCUGGAUGCCUUUUAGCAGAAAUGCUUGCAGGGAGGCCAAUCAUGCCUGGUCGAACGGAGGUUGAACAACUUCAUAAAAUUUUCAAGUUAUGUGGCACACCUUCAGAGGAUUAUUGGAAAAAAUUAAGACUAUCUACAACUUUUCGACCACCACAGUCUUACAGACCUAGUCUUCUUGAAGCUUUCAGCAACUUCCCCGAGUCUUCUUUGGGGCUUCUCAGCAUCCUUCUUGCUUUAGAUCCUGCAUAUCGUGGAUGUGCAUCUUCAGCUCUCCAGAAUGAAUUCUUUUAUACCAGUCCGUUGGCAUGUGACCUCUCAGGACUCCCUGUAGUUUAUGACGAAGAGGCUGAAUUGAUGCAAGCCAAGGAACAGAGACAGCAAAGGAGAAUGAAACGGCGGUCUAGAACACACCGGGAAGGCAGGAGAAAAGAUGAAGCCGCUGAAAUACAGAAAGAGAAAGUUGCAUCUCCUUUUCAGGAGACUGAUAUGAAUGGUAAAACAAUUUUGCCAAGUCAAGAACUGGGUAGCAGUGCUAGCAGUACAUCAUCUGGUAUAACUUUUGCUCCUCGGGUGAAGAGCCCAGCUCUAUUACUGUCCCCAGUUGCUUCUUCGCAUCAAAAGAUAUUCCCCAGAUCUCAAGACCAUCCAAAUGCUGUUAAAAGCAUCAAGAAUCGGCCACCAUUACCAACUUCGAAGGUUUAUGCUGCCAACUAUAACAAUGGCACUGAUAACUCAUUCAGAUUAAAUCAAGUCCAAAGGUCAGCAUCUACAAGAGAGUUCAGAAAAAUGAAGCAAGCGCAUCAUAUAGGACUCUAUGCGAUUGAGGACUAGCGCUUCUAAGCUUUUUAACAAAGGUAAUGAUUGUGGAAGGAUUGCAACUUGAACUGCAGUGAUCAAUCUAACAUGGUGGAGGGGAAUCUACAGUCAGUAUCAACACCACUUUAUGGACCUUGAACUCUCUUCACCACUCAAAUUCAUCUAGUCCAACACAUGAAAAAAGGAGGGACUUUUGGACCUUAUAUUUUCUGGGUGUUGCUCCUUUUUCCUGUGUAGGACUUGGUGAGGGGCUUAAAUUUCCUUUUAAGGUAAAAGGGCCCUGUUUGGGUUUUCAAAGUUCAACAAGGAGUCAGUAAGUGAAGAAAAGAAGGGUCUGAUUUUGAUCAAGUUAUUAAUCAUCCCUUUGGUUGAAGCUUUCUCUUUUUUUCCUCCGAGCGAACUCGGUACACGAAAGAAUCAAUUAAUGUGGAGCCAUUGAUUUUGAUAUGAAUUUGUUUUGUUGUCUGUACAUCUUCUUGUUUAUAUGCUUUUUCAGUAUUACAAUUAAACGAAAACAGGUAUAAGAAUAUUUGUUGUACGAUAAUCCAAACAUGAUUUAGUGAGAAA